AUGCCCCGCCCUACCAGAGGUAGCCAAAAGGCUACUAUCAAGCGCGAAGAAGACGACAUCGACGAAGUGAAAGCUUCCAAGCCAAGAGAUUCUGCCGCCGCGACAAAGCGAAAAGCAGCUUCCGAGCCCGAUGUCGAUGUCGAUUCUAAGACUCAAGGUACCAAAGCUGUAAAGAAGCGCAAGGGAAAAGGAAAAGGCGACGAAGAAGCAAUGAUUUUGGCGGAGAGGACUGCUGUAUCGGGUCUGGGCAAGGCCAUGUAUAUUGGCGCUCAUGUCAGUGCUGCAGGAGGCGUCCAGAAUGCCGUCACAAAUGCCGUCCAAAUCGGCGCCAACUCCUUCGCCCUGUUCCUUAAAUCCCAGCGCAAAUGGAGCAACCCUCCCAUCACAGCAGAAGCGAAAAAUGGCUUCAUAAGCCAGUGCAAAGAGCACCACUAUCACGCCAAUGAACAUGCUCUCCCCCACGGCUCAUAUCUUGUCAAUCUCGCGCAGGCGGACGAGGACAAGGCUAAACAGGCAUACGACAGCUUUGUCGAUGACCUCGACCGAUGUGAGCAGCUGGGCAUCAAACUCUACAAUUUCCAUCCCGGAUCUACCGGAGGCGAUACAAAGGCCGCCGCGAUCAAGCGCAUAGCGACACAGCUAAACAAGGCUCACAAGGCUACAAAGACCGUCAUCACUGUUCUGGAAAACAUGGCGGGCAGUGGCAAUGUUGUGGGAUCAACCUGGGAGGAUUUGAGAGACAUCAUCGCUCUGGUGGAGGACAAGUCUCGCGUGGGAGUGUGCAUCGAUACCUGCCAUGCUUUCGCAGCCGGCUACGAUUUGCGGACACCCGAGGCUUUCAAAAAGACUGUCGACUCUUUUAAUGAAAUUGUGGGCGCAAAGUACUUGAAGGCAUUUCACUUAAACGACAGCAAAGCACCCUUCAAUUCUAACAGAGACCUCCAUGCCAAUAUUGGAACCGGGUUUCUAGGCCUUCGAACCUUCCACAGCCUCAUGAACCACGAAGAGUUCCAGGACAAACCCAUGGUUUUGGAGACACCCAUUGACAAAAAAGGAGCAGAUGGCAAAUCAGUAGAGGACAAGCAAAUCUGGGCCGACGAGAUCAAACUUCUAGAGAGUCUCAUUGACAUGGACCCAGAGACGGAAGAUUUUAGAAAACUAGAAAAGGAUUUGCAAGCCAAGGGCAGUGACGAGAGGAAGAAGAUUCAAGAUCAGGUAGAUAAGAAGUCCAAGAGUGCCCCGAAAAAGGGCAAGGCUACGCCCAAGAAGAAGAAAGAGGCGACAAGUGACGAGGAGAGCGAUUAG